UACCUUAUCGAGAAUCAAUUCUGACUUAUCUGACGAAAAUGGGUGACCCGACUGGAAACGAGACGGAUUUUCAAACCACUGACACAUCCGAAACGCCUCAAGAAAAUGGAAUGGAAACUAAUCAAGAUCUUGCAGAGGCCAAGAAGAAUGAAGGAAACACUUGGUACAAGAAAAAGGAAUACCAUCAAGCCAUCAAAUUUUACUCAGAGGCAAUUAAUUUAUACCCAUCAUGUGCAAGCUAUUAUACAAACCGUGCAGCUGCCUACAUGAUGCUGGACAAGUAUGCAGAAGCUUUACAAGAUGCUCAACAUGCAACAUCUUUAGAUGACCAACUAAUUAAGGGACAUCUAAGAGAAGCAAAAUGUCAGCUUGCCCUAGGAUCAGUUGAUGCAGCAAUAAGAGCUCUUCAGAGGGUAACUGACAUAGAACCUACCAACAAACAAGCUUUGUCAGAGAUGAGAGCAGCAAAGACUGUUCAAAGCCAUGAAACAGCUAGUUUCAAAGCAUUUGACAAGGGAGACUUUAGAAAGGUUGUGUAUGACAUGGAUAGAGCAAUAGACCACUCACCUGCAUGUGCAAAAUUUAAAAUAAGAAGAGCGGAAGCACUCCUCAAACUACGCAGAUUCUCAGAAGGACAAGAAGCUGUUAAUGGUGUACUGUAUCAAAAUCCCAGGGAUGCCGAUGCUCUUUAUGUACGUGGUUUAGGUCUUUAUUAUCAAGACAAUAUAGAGAAGGCUCAGCAACAUUUCCAACAGGUUCUCAAAUACUCACCAGAUCAUACCAAAGCAAGAUUAGCGUUCAAGAAAUGUAAAGAAAUGAAGACAAAGAAAGAUGAAGGCAAUGCUUUAUUCAAGUCAGGGAAGUUCCAAGAGGCCUAUGAUGUUUACACUCAAACACUAACCAUCGAUCCUCAUAAUGUCUUCACUAAUGCAAAGGUUUACUGCAAUAGGGCUGUCGUAGGUGCCAAGCUUGGCAGAAUAGAUGAGGCAGUAGAAGAUUGCAAUAAAGCUAUUGAACUUGAUGAAAAUUACUUAAAGGCCUUCAUGAGGAGAGCAAAAUGUUAUAUGGAUCUAGAAAAAUAUGAAGAAGCUGUGCGGGAUUAUGAGAAGAUAUUCAAUAUGGACAGAACAAAAGAGAACAAACGGUUACUUCAGGAUGCUAAAUUGGAAUUAAAAAAGAGCAAGAGGAAAGACUACUACAAGACUCUAGGAUUACAGAAGAACUGUGGAGAAGAUGAAAUCAAGAAAGCAUACAAGAAACAUGCCCUUCUUCAUCACCCAGAUCGACAUUCAAGUAAGACCGCAGAAGAACGCAAGCAAGAGGAAUUGAAGUUCAAGGAGGUUAGCGAGGCAUACAGCAUUUUAUCUGACCCGAAGAAGAAGAUGAGAUAUGAUAGUGGACAAGAUUUAGAAGACAUGGAUGGAUUCUCAGGAGCUGGCUUUGAUCCUAACCAGAUUUUCCAGACAUUCUUUGGAGCUCCUGGAGGCUUCUCCUUUGGAUCUGGUGGUGGUGGUGGAGGAGGAAUGGGCGGGGGAUUCCCAGGUGGAUUCCACUUCCAGUUCUGAUCAACAUACACCCCUCUGUAAGACAUCUUCAUUUCUAGUGAUAUGAUUGGGAAAGUAUCCAGAAGACAUCAGCAACAGGUGGAUUCCACUUCCAGUUCUGAUCAGCGUACACCCCUCUGUAAGACAUCUUCAUUUCUAGUGAUAUGAUUGGGAAAGUCUCCUGGAGAUGUUGGCCACAAAUGGAUUCCACUUCUAGUUCUGAUCAAUGUACACCCAUCUGAAAGGCUUCUACUUUGGUUGUAUGAUUAGGGGAUUAGUAACCUAACCAGCGUAACACAAUUGGAACAGCAUGGAACACAGCCUGAAAGAACUUGUCCAAGUGCCAUUCGCUGUUGUACCUCGAGUAACAUGAUUUAGACCACAAAUUAGAGAGUAAGAAAGGAUGUGGCUUUAUUGGUCAAACCAGCUACAUGAAGUUAAUGACAAAUGGAUAGCUGUGAAAUGUUUGUAACCUUUUGCAGUUUUUUAUUGAUAAAUUUUUAUAUCUGAGCCCUGAAGUGUAGAAGAUGCCAUCAGUUUUAUGAUUUAGUGUAGCUGCAAGUCAAUGGCAAACCGUGUAUGAAAAGUUACAACAAUAAUUGUAUCAAUGCAAAGCUGGAAAUUCAAGAAUGCCAUGAUCUCAUUGGACAUAUGCUGAUUUAAAAUUGAUGCUAACUUAACCCCCACAAGUCUAGGCUUUUUAGGGUGUUAGCUGGCUGGCUGGGGGGGGGGUUGAUUCAUAUCCCUUUCAUCUUUUGGCUGCUGAUUGCAGCAGAGUGUUGCAAAAAUUUGCAUGAUGGUGGUGUUCAAUUUAAUCUACAAUGUCAUAUUAUUGUUUUUUUUCUGAAAUAAUGUUUCAUUUUUAAAUUUAUGUAAAUUGAUUGUGCUAUUUCAUGCAUAAUUUUUUUGGACUCUAAUUCACUAAACAUAGCUUUUAGAAUGCAAAUUUUUCGGUGAAAAUAUUCUUUCACAUCCUACCGUCUACAACAAGGUUUGGGGAAAUUAAUGUACGAAUGUAUUAUUCAUUUGAAUCUCUUUAUUGAAUUAGCUGCUAAAUUGAAGAUGUAUCUAGAUGUUGAGAGGAAGAGCUUUUCUAUCGGUUUGGGCAAGAAAUUCUGGAUUUGAUGUCAUCUAACACUGAAAAUUGUUAGAUAGUGAGAGACUGUCUUUUUUGUCUUACUGUGACUGGGCCAUAUGCUCUGAAACAAAUGCAAAGUAGCCAUUAGCUUUCUUCUUUGCGAAGUACUUCCUAAAUAUAUCGGCUAUUUCUAAAAAUUUUGUACAUGAAGAGAGUUAUUAUAUAUUUACACUGAGCACCAAGACUUUUAAUUAUUUAUCUCAUUUAAUCCUCUGUUAUUCAAGAAUGUGAGGAUAGUCUUAUUUCUUUGUAUUUGUAUAUUAUUGUGGAUGUGUAAUAAGUGUAAUUUGUUUAUACAAGACUAACAAAUCAUCUGUAGACAGAGGCAAUGGUUGAUUUCAACUUCCUUGUUUAGGAAAAUUCAAUAUUUUUAUUCAGAAUGACAGAACUAUAUAUAUGUUUGAUUUAAUUAACUUUUAGGGGACAAUGUGACAAUUUUUUUUUUAAUUUGGUCCAAUAUCAUUAAUAUCUUGAUUGAAAUCCAUAAACGUCACCCAAAGAGUACAUAACUACUUACAAUGUAUGUGCCCACUUGUAUUUCCAUAAUUAUAGUUUUCUUUUGUUUAAUGUUUAACAAUUAUUCAGGUGGAAGAAAUUGGUAAAUCAUGAUUUAUUUGCCUGCCAUGUUUGACUCACAGAAUAUACAGCAGGCUGCCAAGUUCAAGUGAAGUAUUGUUUGAUUCACAAUGCACAUGCAAUGCAUGUAAUUCUAUUUGUAUGCGGCUGCUCACGCAUACAAAUACUAACACUUGCCCCCUGUAUACCUGUAUUGUCUUCAUUGGCUUACACAAAACUGUUUACAUUUGAAUUUUUCAAGAAAAAAAUAGUGUUUUAAUUGCUUUCAAAUAUAUUUGAUAAAUUAGGGUGACCUCUACUUCAGUAGGAGACAAUGUAAGUUAUGUAGACAGAAAUCUUUUAUUUGUAUUCCAGUCCAAAUUUCUGCAAUGGAUUAACUGAGAGUGCACAAAAGCAUAGUUCAUUACUUCCUGAUCAGUGGAAAAAAAUCAAUUAUUCAUUCCUUUCAAUUCUAAUAGCUUGAACAGCUUUGUAAAUGAUGAUACAAAGUGAUACUCUUCCAUGCAGCAAUAAGGGCAUCCAAGUGUGAAUAGACUGGAAGUCUAUUCAGAUGUCAAGGUUCAUGAAUAUAAGGCAAAGUUUAUUCCCAAGUACCUAGAGUAAAUUUCAUUAGGUUUUUAGUUCAUUGUCUGCUACUCCUUAUAGAAAGCAAAAUUUCAAUCCUAAUGGCCAGGCUCACUGAUCUUGAAGACUCGAGUUUGGAAAAAGCCUUUCGAAUACACCUAUUAAAUAUCAUACCAUUCAUCAAGAUGGAGUCAUAACAUCCUAAUGAAGUCUUUAUGUCAGGUGUUUGCAUAUGCAUGUAUUAACUUUUUAUUCAGGAUCAAAGUGUGUAAUGUCAGUUGAUUUACCAAAAUGGGGCUAUUUGUUUCACCAUAGCUGAAUAAUGUGAAAACGAUGUGGCUAAGUAAGUGGCACCAUAUCUGAACAAGUCAUUAUUUGGAAUUUAGUUAUUGAUUGCAAGAGAGAAGAUGCCAAUGGUUGGCAAUGUAUGUCUCCUAAAGUGGACUUGCCUAUGUUCAGUCUGUCUUAAUGUGUAAUACCAGUUGGUCUAUAUUCUAGAUUUUAGAUCUAGUAAAAGUUACGGCCCUUGUAACACAAAGUGUAGCAGUUUAUCAUAGAGCUGAAUUUAAACUUUUCAUUGAAAUGCAGUGAUAAUUAUUCGCAUUCAAUGAACCACACAAUUCAAUUUUAUGAUCAGUUUAUUGAGCUCUGUGUUAUGGGGUCCUGGUGGGUGUUUCAUAAAGCUGUUUGUAAGUUAAGAGCGACUUUAAAAACGACUGGUGAACAUUUCCUACGCGCUAAAUGAUCGCGAUUGAACAUCUAAUGGUGAAUACCAUUUACCACAAGAAAGGAUCAUCGGUCAUUGUUAAAAUUUCACCCUUUAUAGGAGCAGCUUUAUGAAAUGGCCCGAGGUGUAUCUUGUUGGGUAUGGGUAGGUUAGUCUGGAAAUCCAAGUUUUUACUUAGUAUUUAUAUUCCUGAGCAGGUAGAUCACAUGCUCCUCUUAUUACAAUUUUGAUGUCGUGUAAUAUAUUUUGUAUGCAUUCAGGUUUACAAUUUUUACUGUAUGUGAUUUGAUUUUUUAAUGUGAAUGUUCUUUGAACUGAGGAGUUGCAUUCAAAUGCAAGUUUAUGCAAUAUGCAUCUGACUGUUGUAAUGUUGACCCCCCCCCUUCACAUGAUGUUGACCUUAUAUGUUUCCUCCAUAAUGCCAACAUUCCUUUGUACUUUCUUAUUACUUUGUUUGUGAUGAUAGGGAGUGUAGGAUUCAUUACAAAUACCUUCCAUUACACUCUGUCCAAAAACACUCAACACCAGUGGAGUUUGUACCUCACAAUGAAAAAAGAUUAGGAUGUCCAAUUUUUUCAACUAUAGGAAACACUGUUCUUUCUUUUCUUGUCAUUUUUACAAAAGGCUAGAUGGUUCUUGUUUCUGUGUAAUCGAAUGUAAUUGGCAUCCCGAUGUUAAACAUGUAAAUGGUCCCUCCAUGCAAGGUACACUUUAGAUACACCAAUGUGCAUGUCCUCAUCACAAAAUCCAUGCUGUGUUUGAAUAAUGUCUGGAAAACCAAGGAUAUGGAGUAUGGUAGCAAUCCUGCAUGUGUAGGUGGAGUGUUCAAUUGGGUUGGUCAAACUUCUGAAUCAACGUGAGAUUGUAUGAUCCCCUUUUUCGCUCUUUUAAAAAAAAUUUAGUAAUGUGUUAACAUCUUACGUGACUUCAGCUUUAGAGAGAUUAUGUCAUGUAUUGGGUAUUUCAAAACUUCUUAAGCUAAACCAUGUAUUCUAUUUUUUUAUAUGUAUAUUCAAGUGAUUGAUGCAGAGAAAGAGAAGGGGGAGAGAAAUAAAGAGACAACAUAAUAUAUUUUGCUUUGUUCCUAAGUUUUGUAUUCAAACAUUAGAAAAUGAUUAUUUUCAAAGCUUGGACAUCACUUCAUAUAGAGGGCACAGUUCAGAAUUACUACUGUUUAUUUUCAUCGCUAUAGUGGAAAUUGUGAAUUACAUCCUCUACUGUGUGAGUAAAAAAGAACUGGACACCUGACAAAUUCCCAAUUUAAGAGAAAAAAUAUGUCAUGAACACAUCAUUAUUAUGACAUCAUUGACAUGUCAAUUUAUUCAUUGCAGUCAUGCCUUACUUUGGCGCAAAUCAAAAUUUACAUCACUGAAAAGAAUACCUACUGAUUAUGCAAGCUUGAAUACAUACCCCAUACACAUGGUAUCAAAUUAUUUGGGAGAAGAUACCCUUUCUAGCCAUAUAUAAUGAUUAUGCAUUCAAGACAUCUUUUUUUCCUUAAAUUUUGAAUUUGUGAGAUAGUCAAGGGUUUUUGAGACUUGCACAGUAUGUUAUAUGAUGCAGUCUUUAAAUGUAAGGCAAGACCAGAUGGAAUACCAAACCUGGUGGCUACAAACAUACAAGCUGAACUUACCAAUGAUACUGACAUACCUGAUUGUAACCAUAUUUCAUCCAACAUGUCUUAUCUAUGUUUUACCUUGUUGCACAUUCUUUAAAUGAUACUUUGUAAAUAUAUUAGUUAGUUAACCAUUUAUUUUAUGUAGCAAAAUCAACAUUUUUAUGCCCCCGAAUAUUUAAUUUACAUGCUAUGAAGUUGAUUCCCACCUUAUUUUAAAUAAAGCAUUACAUCUAAAUUCGCUUUUAUUCUUUUCCUUCAUUUUCCCUUUCUUAUUUCUUUCAUUCAUCCCUUCUUCCUUCAUCAUAGGCAGCGGACAGGUCCCCCCUAAAUUUGAGGUGGGGGGGGGGGAACAAUCCCCCCUAAACUUUUAGUUGAUUACCUUUUUUUUUUGCUUGUCAAAUUUUUUACCUGUGUCCAUCACUAAAUUUCAGGUAGACCCCCCUGAUUUUUUGGCUUCCGCCGCCAAUGUCCUUCAUACCCUUUUUCUUUUCUUCCCUCGUUCCUUCCUGAAUUCCAAUAUUUUCUCUCCUAGAUUCCACCUAGUUUCCCUCCCUACAACCCUUUCAUAUUUUCCCCACCUUCCGUCUCUUCCUACAAUUAUUUCUUCGAUCCGGCCUCAUUCCUUUCAAAUGCAAAAUGCUUGAAUGCCAAUCGAGCUGUAAAUUUUCUCUGUAUGGUUGGUGUUUUCUUGAUAGUCAGUACUUGGUGUGCAAUGAUGCACUUUUAUAGUUACUACUAUUUUCAGAUUUAUCAAGAACAUAGCUAGAUGCUCAACAGUGAUAUGUUUUUUUUUUUUGCUGUUUAAAAAAGUAUUUAGGUAUUGGGGAAAACUGAGAAAUUAUAGUCAUGUCGCAUUGUGGUAAAUCUUCACAUUUUGUGUAUAUUUUGAACCACUGAAGUAUCGCCAGAACGGUAUGACAAUUGAAAGCAUGGUAAAUGAAUAAAAU